AUCAGAAGGUCAAGAGUCACAUUGUCAUUACCGUAAGGAUAUGCAAAAUUAAGAUAUAAUCGUGCUACUCGGUGCAUACCCAAACCUUGACAACCGUACAAGCUCGUCUUUUCUCACAACGACCUAUACUUAUCUCGACAAUUCCAUCAAAAUGGCACCUGUCUCUUUGGCCCCGACUGUCAGCCAUCAACAGCUGGACUCGCGCAUCACUUUUGCUGAGCAGCUCGCUCAAUCCCCACCUGUCGGCCCUGUCGUUCUCAUGAAUAUCAUAUCUAUCCCCGAUGGCGCCGACUACGACCACUUUCUCGAUACAUGGCGAAAGAGCGGCGAUGUUCUCAAGAAGCAACCAGGCUACAUCUCUACCCAAUUGCAUCGAUCCCUCGACGGGCACUUUCUCGUGAAUUACGCCGUAUGGGAGACCAACGAAGAUUUGAGGAAAGGACUGGAGUUGGACGAAUUUAAGAAAGUUCUGGAGGCUCUCCCCUCUGGUACAGUUUUCAAGCCUACCGUUAUGCGCAAGAUUGCUGUGCCUGGUAACUGUGUCGCGUAGACGCUACCUGGCUUGAACAACGCGAAUAACCAAAGUCACGUCUACAUCAUUAUAUCGAACUAAAGAAUACAUUUCUCAAUUUUGGC